GUCUCCUGCGCGGACGCGGUCGAGCGCUUCAACCUGUCCAUUACCUGCUCAUCGUCCUCGUCCAGUUCGUCUUUGUCCAAAAGGAAGAGCUCACUGCGGCGCGGCUGCACGAGGUCUCGCACGCCUUUUUGAUGAUCUGCGUCUGCGAGAUCAUGGUGGACUGGAUCAAGCACGCCUUUGUCACGAAGUUCAACCGCAUGCGGCCGGACGUGUACGCAAAGUUCACGCGCAUCCUCUGCGCCGACACCGCGGCCUCCGCCACCACGCAGGAGCGAGAGCCGCUCGCCAACUCACUGUCUCAUUGCUUACCGUCCGCCGCCAGGAUGGGCUUCGUGCCGCUGCCGCUCUUUUGCCUCGCCAUACGCGUCUUCGGGAACGAGGCCCUCCCGACCCUCGCGAUCACAGUCCUCCCGACCCUCGCGCUCCACCACUCGUCGGGCCCGCUGCUGCUGCUGCUCACCUGGCUCCUCUUCUGCGCGCUCAAGCUGCUCAUCUCCAUCGCCGUGCUCGGCUUCGCCACUCUCCACAUCGAGCGGACGGGCGGAAGGCGACUACGCCCCCCCGCCCACACACCCACACACCCACACCCAACAUCCGCGGCGCUCGAGGAAGAGGCCAAGGAGAUGAGGCUACGCUCCGUUGGGAGGUACGCUCUCAUCGGGAAGCAGAUCAUGUGAGACUACCCGCGCAGCUCUCACGGGGCCCCGUGAACAAGAUAGUCCACCAGCUGAUACAAUGGCAGCUGACGGAGUUUUCGAGAGUAGAGAAGCGGCAGAGCGCUGCAAACCCUUCUCCACCAGAGGAUGAGUUUGCCUCUUUUUACGUUACUACGGCUCUGUACGACUU